ACUCAGUUCGCGUCGGACCUCCGUCGGAGUAAGAAGAUACAGAGAGGCGCGGUUGUGUCGGAGCGCGAGGAAAAGUUAAGUUUGUUGUGUUUCUCAGCCGCGGCGAUACGCGAUCACCGGAAAUCCGCACGAUCCUCGUGUGUCAAAGUAAUGUUUAAAAAGUUUCAGAAGCAAAGAUAGGCGAAGAGGAGGAUAGAAAGAAAUUAUGUGAAUCCAAAACGUGAUGUGGUGGUUGGUUGGUCAAUAAUAGUAACAACGAUAACAACAACUAUAUCACGUGAUAAACGCGAUACGUCUGCCAAGUGAAUUGUUUUGACGAAAUCCUUUCCGAUCUCGUUGUGCUCAAGAAGAAUAAGAAUGAAAUGAAAUGGCGGAAUAAUAAAGUGAACUUGUGUUAUUCGUUGUUGAGAUAAUAUUUAUUAUUGUAACAAAAUCGCUGUGGCCAAGUCGUCGGGCAGUAAUCAUUGCUUAAAUAAUGCCUGUAACGUGUAAUUAUGAAUGAAAACAACGCCCUUGUGAAUAGUAUACGUAAUUAGGAGAACGUAUACGUGUGUGUAAAUAUAUAAAUACGCAUACGCGUAUAUCGUUUGAUAUACCAAACAAUUAAUCCGUUGAAUUCGAAAGUGAAAAUUAAAAACAUCAGCCGCGUUCCGAACAACGCCAACCGUGUUUAAUAAAUCAGCUUGUGAUAAUCGCUGAUAGUUGUUUGUUCGUCUUCUCUGUAUUUCGUUUUUAUUUUAUCGGUAUCGCCUCUUUUAAAUUCGCAAUCAGCGGGGUUUUUCUCUUCUUCCUCCUCCUGCUGAUGACGAUGAUGAUGAUGAGAUGAUGCUUGUGUGCUACGGCUGUGCGAAAUACGACUACCUAAAGAAUAUAUGAUAAUAAUAAUAGUAAUAAAUCUGGUUAAUUUGCUGAAAAGUGUUGUCGUGUAUUGUUUUUUUUUAUUUUGCUGUUCUCACCGUCGUUAAAUCCAGGAAAUUAUCGUCGUUGCUGUUGUUGGAUCGUUUAAUUAGUGGUUUACUCAUGUGUGAUAAAUAUAUAAGUAAUUAAAUAAAUAUUACACUUAAAUUAAUUGAAGGAAAAUAUUGUAUUCAGUGUUGUGUGAGAUAAGUGACGAGAAAAAGUUUACUGCUUUGGAUUAUAUUGGAUAUAUUACCCCCGUUACACACGCAUCGUCGAUUGCUAACACUGGAUGUUUUUUAUGAUGCAGAAGGAACGCCGAAGUACCUCGGUGCCGGAGGUAGCGCGCACGCGCCCGGUCAGCAGGGCUGGCUAGUAGCCCCGUUGAAGCCCAUUCCCGAGACCCUGCAGGCACACAUCAGAUUAGCAGCAGUCGGCGGGACAUGGAUGUGAGCUUCACUAACGUGUUGGAGGGGGCUCGCCAGUACUUCCAGGGACUUCCCGUACCUAGUACAGCAGGCACGACAUCGUCGACGGAGAACAUCGCAACAUCGACCUCCUCUUCGUACGGUCAUGGCGAUGUCACGGCCUCGGUUUCCGGGCCGACCUCAUCCAGCACCAUCGCGGCUGUUUCGCGCGAGGCCCCCGGGGCCCAGCAGCGGGUCGAACUCGGUUCGCGGGGGCCUGAGGACAGGCAGGACGCGAGCCAGGUGGGCAACUCUUACUGGAACCCACACGGACCCGUCGAACCUUACCCGCCGCAGCCGACCCGCGUCGAGGUUCCCGACACCAGGCCGACGGACGGAACGUGCGUCAGUCUCGAGGCCCCCGCCGGGUCCCUAACCGAGAUGCAGCCAGCCAGCAAGCAGGCCUACGAUCACGCCGCCGCGCACUCCUCCUCCCCCUCCUCCUCAUCACCGGCCCAGCUGCACCAGUUACAACCUCCGAAGGCCUGCUCAACGCCGCCCGUUUAUCAGCAGCUCAACACCGUAUCUAGAACGCCGUACUCGACGGCCGCCGAUAUGCUGCCGGCGCAUUCGUCCUAUCAGGCCGUCGAACGGGCCCCUCCGAGUCCAGCGAUGGUGGCGCCGAGGACGCAGUACUACCCGCGAUAUCAUCACCCCGAAAUCACGAAGAGCACGCCACUGCCGAUGACCCAGAGCUCGACUUACCAGUCUGCCAACGCGGUUCCGAGCUCCGGUGUCGUCCAGCAGUCCGUGACCCGUUCGAGUCCGGCCGAGCAGAGUUGCGCCUUACCACCGGGACCCGGAGCCCAAAGUCACGUUCACGAAUCCCGGGAUCUUCGGAGUCCGGCACUGCGGGGCCACGGCUCGGGCUAUCCGAAUUCGGUGCAGGCGAACGGCGCUCACCAGCAGCACGCCGCCGCGCAGGGUUACACCGUGCGAAACGCGGUUAUUCCUACCUCAAAUCAGCAGCAGCAGCGGCAUCAGCUGCAGCAGCCAGGUUCCGCGGCCUCGUCGUCUGCCGCUGGUAAUCCGGCGGCUCAUCAGGUCGCCGUUCACGGAAACAAUGCUCAUACGCACAUUCCUUCGCCCCAUAACCUUCCGCAGCACAUUCCGUCACCCCAGAAUCCCGCCCGAGUCAAUCCCUCGCCCCUUCAGCAUCACGUUGUUGGCGCCGGUAACGCCGCCGGUUCCACCGGCUAUUGUCCCCGGGUGUCUCCCCACAUGCCACCCCCGAACUCGGUCUACCACUCGCCCUCGCCUCACGAGGCAACUUCCUACCACCCCCCUUCGCCCCACCCUACUAAUAACUCCAGUACCUUUCAGCCUCGGUCACCGACCUAUCCCCCGCCUCCCCAAGCCCCCGCACAGUCUACUCCGCACUCGUACUCGUCAUCGAGCUCCCAGCACUAUCAGCAGCCGAGUUCUUAUCCGUCGACAGCUGCCGGCUACGCUCAGCCACAGUUGUCCGGCUACCAUUCCCAGCUCCAGCCGAAGAACUCAACCUCCGGUUACUACUCGCAGAGCAAUCGGUCUCAGCCCUACGCGGUUCCUCCGGUUUCAGCGCCUUCGACGGCCAACCCCGGCGGCCAGUACGGUGCUCAUGGCAAGUCGAUCGCCUACAACGGAGUCCAAGAUGCUGGAAGAAGGAAUUGCCCGGAGGCUGAACGGCCGUACGGGGUUCAGUCCUACCAGACACCGGUAUCGGUUCAGCGGACCUCGAAUACUCACAAUCUCCCACCGAUCGCCACCCUGUCCUAUCAUUACGACAGAAACUCGCGUGAAGCCUUGUCCAAGGCCCAACCGAUGCACAGGCAGCAACAGCGACCCCAGUCUUCGAUUACGAAGAAUUCCUCGACGACCGGUUUAACGCCGAAUCCGGCGAGGUUGUCCGACUAUCCGGUCGCCGUGAACAACCAGCAUGCCAACGGGAACGUCGUCACCUCGGCAAGUUCCAUGUACAGCAGGGUCGGUGGACAGCCCGGGGUCUAUCCGAGGUACGCCACAACCAUGGCGCCCAGUCAUCACGGCAGCAACGCGACCAGCACCACCGUGACGUCGAACGGUGCGCCAAUUUCCAACAUACCGACCGUCCCGACGCCGAUGUCGUCGACCAUCGUCAAUCCUGGCUACCCGAGCCGGUCUGGGGGUCGGUCUGUCAAUCCGUAUCCCUUGACGCCGCACCAACCUCAGGAGAAUUACGCCUACAAGGAUUACCCGAGCGCGUCGACAGCCUACCCAACGUCCACAGUCGUCAGCCAGUCCGUCCCUCCCCCUUCGAGUCCCAGCACGCUUCAGACCAACGGGGCGCCGACGUCGAACAGAAAACGAGAGUCGCCGUUGGAUCUCUCGCUCAGAACGAUCAAGACCCCCGCGGACUCCACGGCCCAGGAUGACCCGGAGGCCUCCUGCAGCGGGGACAAAAUCGUCAGCAGCUCCAACGCCGCUUCGUCGAGAAACGCCGGGAGGACCGUACUCGUGCCUCCGGGUGCCGCGUAUCCGGUAUACGACGGGCGGAGCUUCGGACAUUCCCGAAGCCCUGCUUCCGGGGUCAGGGCUUCCACUCCUCUGCAAACUGUCCGCGCGCCGAAAGUCGAUUUCUUACCGAACUUCAGCUCGACGCCCCUCCACCACCCGGCGCAUGAGAGCAACUCGCUUCGCAGGAGCAGCUCACAUAUAUACGCGCCAUCGCCGCGUGUUAAUCCAGCGGCGGUUGCCCCUCUGCCCAAUAUAGCGACCUUCAAGAAAGCUCCCGCUGCCCCGUCCUCGUUGCCGUACGAAAAGAACCCACCCUAUCGCGUCGGGAACGUGGCACGCCCCAGGUACGCUCCGGUGAUGGAACCCGGCGGUAACGCGAUACGUCACCAGGAGUAUACGUCCGAUCUCAGCAAGUACCAUGUCGACAGGAACAAGAUGGCUCAUGUUCAGCCGUCAGCAUACGGCAGGGACAGACAGCCGGCAACCAAGAGGACCGCGGCCGAUCCGACGCCCUAUACCGGGCUCAGCAAACAACCGCGUGUUGAAAAGUGGCGGCAGUCGAUAGACCAACAAAUAGAGCAAAGACUGUCCAAUGCGCUUCAAGAACGCCAGCGUCAGGAGAUGAGCUUGAACGCACCCGUUUCCAAUGGCGUCAAUUCCGCCGUCGUGCCCGCCGGCUACGAUCAACGCCGCGAAAACAACAGUGCGUAUAAUUACUGUGAUAAAAGGAAUUAUCCGGAAAUCAAGGGUGCUGCCAGGGGCUCCUUUGCUCCAGCCUCACCCGCCGUCUACGGAAAUCAGGGUGGAACCCCAAGAGUCACUGGACACUCACAUAUCCCUCAGUCCUCGGGGCACCAGAAUUUGUAUUCCGCGGGAUACCGACACGGUCAGGGACAGCAUGCAAGCUACCGAGUACCUGCUUCUCAUGUUCCUAAUUCUGGACCGAACGCGGAACAGCCCAGCAACGCGGGGACCGACAAGAAACGGGUACUCAGCCUCCUCAGGAACAGUUUGGAAAAUAAACAACAGCGGGAGGAGCAGCUCAGCAACAGCCAGCAACCAAUACUCGCCAAUUACAAUCAGCCAAGCUUUCAGAAUAAGGUCGUCACACCAGUCGAGCCCAAAACCAACAUUGGAAGACAUAAUCUCUCCCCCUUCACCGCUGCUAGUCUUCUCGAAAGGAACAGCACCACUCCACCUCACUACAAAUUUCACGUGCCAAGGGCGGUCGACUCGAUUAUCCAGGAACCCUCUCACAGUCUGUACGGCACCAGGGUUAACUCAUCCGCCACUAUACCUGGCAAAGAGGCCAACUCGAUGACGAGAGGUAUCGAAAACCAGAUUCAUCGUGACAAGGACGAUGGAUUAGCGGCUAUAUUGGCAGCCCGAAUACGAACUAAAGCUGAAUUGAAACAGGUGUCAGCCGGCCAGUUUGGCGCUAAACCGACGGUGGCGUCAUCCCAGGAGAUCUCGGCAACACCGAAAGACAUUGAAAAUGGAGCUUCCACAUCAACGCCCCAGUCCGGUUCUUCUGGGGGAAGCCCUCCCAAGCUCACUCGCGAACAGGUGGCUAGUCUUCCGCCCCGAAGGCGGUUGUUCUCAAGGACCGACGAGGAUUUACCUGUUGCGGCAACUAUUCCAGCUCCGGCGCCAACCCCAGCCAAAGCUUCGGUCGUACCGCCGAGAGCUAGCGGAUUCCGAAGCUCAUCAGAAACCUCGGUGUUUGACUUCAGAGAGAGUGACUCCGAGGGUGAAAUGCCGGUUUUGGAGAGACAGACGCUGGAAGAAAUGCGAAGGGACAGAAGGCAACUGUCGAAGGUCCAGCCACCCGUACCGCUCAACAACGCGAUGUGCAUGAGAAUGGCUUCGUCGUCUGACUUAGUGAAGAUAGAACUCAAGGAAAAUGACAAAAUCAUCGAACCAGACUCGUUCUGGUCGACAACCUGUGAUAAGUUUAUGGAACAGCUACGAAGUGGCGAUGUCACAACGAAAAAACGUGGCAGACGGAAGAAGGGAGAGUCCGGUUCGGGUUCGGCGACAAAGCUAGAAACUGAUUCCGCGUUAAAUUCGGACGCGGAAUCGGCGCCUAGGCUCGAAGUGAAGCCUGAAGACAUUAAGCAAGAGGUACCAGAUGUGCCAAGCGAAACUGUGAAGAUCAAAGAGGAGGUGAUCGAGGUGAAAACCGAGAACGACUGCCUCGAAAAUUUGGAAAUCAAGACUGAACCCGACGAAUCAGAUAUUAAAACGGAGAAGGUUGAAAAAAUCGUGGAACGAGAUUCGGACGAGUUGCCACUAAUUCAAAGAGCGGCGCGAAAGAAUUCUACGAAGAUCGAGAGUGACGGGGAAGAAGAGAUCGUCGGAAGGAAGAAGAGAUCUCGUCGUGGUAGUAGGAUAAAACUUAUCUCAUCUAGCGGCAGCGAAAGCUCGAGCGAAGAGAGUGAAGCAAGCGCUGAAUUCGGCCAUGGUUCUUCGGUAGCUGAUAGAUUACGUGCCAGAAAACGCUCGAGUGCGAAUGCGGAAACUGAAGGUAUGAAGUUGCGCUCGCGAGAUACGACGCCGCACAAGGCCCCAAAGGAUAAGGAGGGAAAGUCGUCACCGGCAAAGGGCAGUGUGUCGCAAAAAGGUAAACCGAAACCAUUGUUCGGCGAUGGAAGCGACUUCAGACCGGGUUGGGAGGAUGAGGUUUACGUUUAUAAAAAAUCGCUAAGAAUGCCAACCAGGUUAAUAACCGUUUCGAAGCCAUCCAGGUUUCAUAGGUUGUCAACUUCACUUCCGGAUCUCGAUCCGGGAUCACCGGCACUCUCUGUAUCGAUGGAAAGCACCGAUAACGAACGAAUAAGAAUAUCAGACAGCGACUUGGAGUCAAACUGUAGUUUCAGUCUUGCUGGACUGGAGAGCAAAAUCGACGAUGAAGAAGCAACUUCCUCAACGACAAUGUCGUGUCCAACGAAAUCGACCCGACAGACUCGAUUGGAAAAUAAUUCCAUCAUCGACCUUCUCGCCCAGAAAGUUGGUACUAGUAAAAAAGAGCAGAAACGAAGGGCCAAGGAAAAGUUGAUCAAAUGCCCUAAGAUUCUUCCAAAAGGUAGGAACGAGCCAGAGCUGCUUGCCACGCCGAGUUUGGCGCCUCUUUUAUCGAACGACCUAGCAACGACGCAAAAGACGAAAGGCAAGACCCCUGUCAAAAGUAACAAGUCACCGAAACCAAUAAAAGUGACGAACUCCUGUCUUUUGGGAUACUUUCGUAAACAGACUGUUAAUAACUUUAGAGAUGCUUUUAAGAAUAAUCACACUCUGCCCAAUGAAUUUUCGACGUUCGUUUUGAAGAGCCGAACGAGAACAGAGACUCGGGUUUUGAAGAAACAGGCAACGAUUAGAGCAGUCUUCGGGGAGGAUAGACCAGCGUCUGCGCCGCCGAUGCAAAAUCACGGAGACACUUCGCAAGACGAUGACGAUUCGCAAAAUGAAACGCAAGAAUCCAAGCCAGGAAAGUCACGAACGCUGAAGCAAAAAGUCGUGUCUCGUCUUAAAAGUGCUGGAAUAUUGAGGAGUAACAAAGCACUAAUGAAUUCCAAGCUACAUCUAUUAAAUCCUAAGAAACGUAACAACCUAUUGAAAUCUUUGGCUAAAAAGAAGUUCCAGCAUAUAAAGAAGGAGAAAAUCCAGAAAGAAGAUGAAACGAAACAAGAGUUGGACGAGACAAGUGAAAUGCAGGAAACCGAGAGCAACGGACCCGAAGUCGAACCGGAGAAUGCCGACGAAAUUGGGGUACCGAGUAAAAAGAGGCUGAAAUUACGUACUGGCCGACGAAAAUUUCGUUCUGGAUUUGAUUACAUGCGAAAGAAAAAGAAACCAUUGAAAAAAGACGACGUUACAUCCAAGGAUAGGAAACGAUUUUUCCAGCAAACUGUGCCUCGUCCAAGUCCCGAAUCCGUCGCUGAUAUACAAACGGAAAUUAGAACAUGGGUCAUCAAGAAAGGCGUGGGUGAAACCAUCCUUCAUCGGGCUGCAAGGCUUGGAUAUACGGAUGUUGCAGCAUAUUGCUUGGAAAAGUUGAACAAUCCACCAAGCCCUAAGGAUAAUGCAGGAUACACACCCCUCCAUGAGGCAUGUUCGAAAGGACAUCUAGAAAUUGCUAAACUUCUACUUGCCUAUGGGGCAAAUGUUAGCGAAAGCGCCAAUGGGGGGAUAAGACCACUACACGAAGCUGCAGAGAAUGGGGCAACCGAACUUGUCAGAUUGCUGCUUUCAUACGGUGCUGAUCCGUUGUUGGCUACCUAUGCUGGCCAGACUCCCUUGAUGCUGGCCUCGGACACAGACGCAUAUUUGAUCCUCGAACAACAUCUAGACGACGUACAAGGACGUCCUGCUGCUCCAUGGAGUUUCGCAGGUCCGUCAUCAAUUUUUGAAUCUAAUUGGUUUACAGAUCUUGAGCCGACAGGCUACAGUCCAUUAAGCGAACCUCCCAUGGAUAUUCCAGAGCCCGAACUUGAAGAUAUCGAAAUGGAAGUGAGCGACGUUAACUUACCAGUGCUGUAUUCCCUUGCCAACGACCCCGACAAAUGGGUACUUCUGCAAGACUUGACAGCAGUGUUACGUGUGAAGAGUAGGGAUGCUCUGCUUCGCCAAGUUAAUCCAAAGGCUCCUGCCGGACCGCCGGCGGUAGCUCACCGUGACGUUAUGCGAGAAUUAAAGCUUCCAGAUUUUCUAGAACAGUCUCGAUGUUGUCAUCUGUUGAGUGGCGGCGAGAGAAUAAACGUGCGCGCCUCCAAAGUAACGCUUAUUAAGUACAAUGAUAAAGUGAAGUCACUUCUUAACGUUGAACGAGUCGUGAUUAGCUCAAGGUGACAGGAGGUGCCACUGGGGCAAGACACCUGUCUCCAGGCUAGGCCGUCGACUUCAAUCGAAGAUGAACUUAUAUCAAUGAAAGUUGAUGAAAAGAGAACUUUAUCCUGUCUUGGAUUCAAGCGGGAAAGACAUAAAAGAAUUAAACGACAAACUAAACGAAACUUGUUAGGGUGAAUGAAUGUGAGGCCUGAAAACUAUUGGUCGAUGAACGGUGCAACACAUGUAACAAUUUGGAUGUGUAUAAAGUGACUUCCACCGAAAUAUUCAUAUUGGAGCAUUCUGGAUCUCACGAGCAUUAUGAAAUGGGCAAUUUAUAUGAAUAUACAUUGAAAAACUGUUACAAUGAAUAAUUAUAUCGCAGCAUAUUGUCGGUAAUAGUGCAAUGCUGACGAAUGAUAUAUUAUGUGGGUAGUAAACGAAGUGUAUUAUUAUAGUUUUCAUUUUUCAUACAAUUAGAAGUGAGGACAACAAAGCAGCAACCUGUGACAUUAUAUUAUUAGAGUAUUUAUUGGAGAUAUAUAUCCGUCGGAUGAUAUUUUAAUAAAAUGCCUGUUACGGCUGUUUGAAUAAAAAUUUUAAUCUAUUGCUUUUAGGAGAAAACUGCCGUCUGGACAUUAGAUAAUCCAGAAUAUAUUCAACAAGGGAUAUCAGUUAUGAUUUGCUGUUUUAUAUUCAUGUAAACUAUGUACGUAGUAUGUAUAUCAGUGCAUAUUCUCAAUGACUAAAAAUCAUACUAAAUACAUAUUUCCUUGUUGAAAUACCUCGAAUAAGCCAAUUCUAUAAGAGUUGAACAAAGAAAGAAAGAAGAAAUGAGGCAUGGUUACUAUUUUAGUAGUGCAAAUACUGUUAGAAGAAAAAAUAAUAUAAUAAAUAAAUCAAUGAAUAAGAUUAUUACGUUACCAAUUUUUAAUUUAACUUCAAUUACUUCACUUGCAAUGUUCGUCAAGUACACAUAAUUAUGUAUUUAUAAAAUUUGUUUACCGUUGAUGAAUUAAUUUUCAAAUGUACAUACGUGUAUUUGCCUAAAAGCUAAGGGGCAUUUAUGAAUUGGGAAGUGCAAUCGGGAAAAGUGAUUCUUUUUGUGUUAAUACUCUUGGGUAGACUGAUAGCGCAAUCAUAAAAACGCAACCGAAGUAGACAAGCUAUUUCGUUGGAUGGCAAUACUAAAAUCACAAUAUAAAAAUGUUCUCUGUGCAAUAAGAUGACCAGCUAUAAUCUAUUUUGAACUAAUUCGAAUCAGAUAUUACGUUGGAUAAAUUUUUUUUUUUCUACUUAAAAUAAAAAAUUUUAUUUCUAACGUUUUGAAUGUAUAAAAUAAUGGUGUAUUUAUUAUAUAGAAAAAUGUAUUACUUUGAUUGCAGAAAUCGGUACGCUUGCAUUGAAAAUCAUUCAAAUAUAAUCGAUCUACGUACUUAUUAUUCUACUGCGUGCUGCAUUUCAACCUCGCAGUUACCGUUAAAUGUCAGUGGACUCAAAAAGUGCGACACAAUGCUUUGUAUGCACUCAAAGACUUAGUUACUAAUAUUAAUAAAUAACAGCCACAGAAAUAGUUAUUCAGACGCAGUAAAUGCAUAUUUUAAUUGUAAUAAUCAGUCUCAGGGAAAAAUCUAUGUGUAUUAUCAAAUUAUACGCUGUAAUUUAGAAAGUAUGUAUAAUCAGAUGGACAUUGUGGGCCAUUGUGUGUGAGCAUAAUUGGUUCAUAUGUUAUUAGAUCAUUGUGUUGCUUUGUUAAUGGAUUAAUUUCCUGUCAUUUCACACUGUAUCACCGUCUAUCUGAGAAUACAGAUUGUGUGUAUACGGUUCAUUAGGUUUAAGAGCCAUAACUAAUUACACCUGUAUGACAGUGUAUGUCGAUGUACAUAUUGGAUGUUUUAAAGAAAAUAUAAGUUGGAGAGUAUCUGAAGACAAAUAUUGAUUUUCAGCAAAUUUCUUCUUAUGUGAAAUUAUAAUGUACGUAUUGUAUGUAUCUAUUAUAGUGAAAGUAAAAUUGAAUAUAAGGGUAGACGCAAUGUUUCUAACAUAAGUCUCUUGUUGUUAUUGUAAAGUGUAAUAGCGGUACGUAGAAUAAACUAUGGUUGUAAGCAAAGUAUGCAGGGAAGCCUCUGUAUAUGUACAUAUUUAGAAUUAAUGUAAUCGCUUUUUUAUUGUACCAUAUAUACAUAACGAACAAUGAUUAUUAUUAUCA